AUGCUAAAAAAAGUAAAAAAACUUUCAAAGAAUUAUAAAAAACAUGAAGAUAAAGUUACGAAAUAUAACUAUCUUUCAACAAAUUAUGAAGGCAUUGAAUUUCCAUCAGCAUGGUCUGAGCUUAGAGCAAGUCAUCAAUUUUGUGAUGGAAUAAUAAAAUGUGCUGGGAGAUCAUAUUUUCCAAUCCAUCGACCAAUCCUCUCAGCCGUAAGCCCGUUCUUCAGAGCUCUUUUCAUCAACAGGUUGAAUAGAAACGCAGAAGGCACAAAUGAAGUGUCAAUUAAUAAUGUUCCUGGUGAUAUCUUCAGUCUUAUCUUGGACUAUGCUUACACUGGAACUUGCAAAGUAACUGCAGAAAAUGUUGAACAACUUCUACCCUUUGCUGAUCAAUUUCAAGUCCAGGGUGUCGUUCAACUUUGUUGUCAAUUUCUUUUACAGGAACUCAAACCAGAUAAUUGUUUAGGUAUUUACAAAUUUGCUAAACAUUAUUUCUGUAAGGAUUCAAAUGAAAAGUGCAAGAAGUAUAUUUAUCAUCACUUUAAAGAAAUAUAUAAAGAAAACAGUGAAUUUAAAGAACUAGAUCACAAUGAGCUGAUAAGUAUUCUAGAAAAUGAUGAACUGAAUGUAAGAAAUGAAGAAACUGUGUUUGAAGCCAUUAAAUCUUGGGUUGAAGUUAAUGAAAAAGAGAGAAAAGAAUAUUUACCGAUGUUAUUGAAAUGCAUUCGUUAUAAAUUCAUCAAUUCCGAUUAUAUUUCCAAUAAUAUUCUCUCUUGGAAAUUAAUUCAAAAUAAUCAAAAUUGUCAAGAAAUUUUUGAACCAUCAAAUAUUAAAUCAGAUUUAUUUUCACGUUUACGAAUUCCUUAUGAGAUUCUCUUCGCUAUUGGGGGUUGGUCCGAGGGUUCUCCAACAAAUUUCAUUGAAACCUACGAUUGUCGUGCUAAUAAAUGGUUUUUAUCUAUUCAUACCGAUACUGUACUUCGAGCAUAUCAUGGCCUUUGUACUUUAAACAACCUCAUUUAUGUGAUCGGAGGCUUUGAUGGUUACAACUACUUCAAUACUGUUCGCUGUUUCAAUCCAAUUACCAAAGAAUGGAUCGAAAAAGCCUGCAUGUAUCACGUUCGAUGCUUUGUAAGUGUUUGUACUGAUGAUGGCAUAAUUUAUGCACUUGGUGGCUGCUCUAAUGGACCCACAAGAUUAUCAUCAGCUGAGAGAUAUAAACCUGAACGUAAUCAGUGGGAAAUGAUUCCACCAAUGCAUCGACAAAGAUCUGAUGCGUCUGCUGCUGCUUUGAAUCAUAAAAUUUAUAUUGUUGGAGGGUUUAAUGGAAAAGAAAUUCUACGAUCUUGUGAAGUAUUUGAUAUUGAAUCUAAUCAAUGGAGCUACAUCAGAUCAUUGAGUUAUCCAAGAACAAAAAUGUCUCUGGUAGCAUUUGGUGAUGAUUUAUAUGUUUUCGGUGGUUAUGAUGGACUCACACGACUUACUUCAGUGGAACGUUACAAUUCUACUGAACGAAAGGAGUGGGAAAAAGUUCCGCGUAUGUCUACUGCUAGAAGUAAUUUGGCUGCUGUUGUUUUGGAUGAGAUGAUAUAUGUUUUCGGUGGUUACACUGGAUCUGUUACUACUUCGUCAAUGGAAUAUUAUAAUCCGAAAACUAACCAGUGGAGUAAUAGUUCUUCCAUGAAUCUCAAUAGAUGUGCUCUUGGUGCUUGUGUUCUUUCAGGCCUUCCUGAUGCUAAAGAAUAUUCAUUUCUUAGCAAGACCAAAAAUUAUAUCCAAGAUCAAAAAAUUUCCAAACCUAAAGAAGAGUCAGAAGAAAGUAUCAAAGAAUCUCCCACUUAUCCCACCAAAACUAUCGAUUAAAAGACAAAUGAAUCUUAAUCAUAGCAAUGAAAUUUUAUAUUUUAUUUGUAUAUUCAGC